GCGGGAGAUAUAAACAUGGCGUCCCCUGAGCGAGGCGGCAGUUUGAGCUGUUGGCAGAAAACUCCUAGCAAAUCCUUGGAAGUCUUUGAAUAUCACGACGAAAACACACCUUUGAGCCCAGGAGAAGUAAAAACCAUGCGAAACCAAAGUAAAGCUACAACAAGACUAUUUACAUCUUCGAGAAAAGCAAAGCCCUUUUCUGUUCACGGUGACUCACCACAAAGUCUGGUCAAACUAACGUCUGGUUCGGAUUCCCAAGAGAGAAGAAAGACACUCCAAGUCCUUCAGCCUUCGGCUUCUAGCAAAGGAGUACUUGUUGGCAGCAGUGUCGUUAGAAAAGAGAAGUUGCAGGGCAAAGAGAAGAAAAAAUCAAAUGCAAAGCAGACUAAAUUUAAAGUUCACAACUCAGAAGAAAAAAGCUCAACAUCAUCGGAUUCUUCUGACACGGAAUCAACCAAGAGAAGCUCUAGCGAACAGGUUACUGAUGAUGAUAAAAAGUCAGUCAGUGAUGAAGCCUUUGCACUUAUGAUUCAAGAACCAGCCCCAGAGAGCUACUGGCAACUACUGGCUGAAGAGAGAAGACUUGCUCUGCAAGAAACCUUAGAGGAAAAUCAAAGGUUAUGCAAGGAGUUGGAGGCCAUGAAAGAGCGCUGUAGUAAGCUUGAGGAGGUCGCCGGCCAGGCAGAGUACUUUGCAAGUCUUUAUUCUAUGGUAAUGGAAGGUGGAACAGCUGUUCUGGACUCGAGUGAUGCUGAAUCAGAUGGGCAAGAUACAAAAGAAGAGAGCCAAGAUAAUACUUAUCAAGACGAUACUAAUCAAGAAUCAGCGUAGACAACUUUUAUUCACUUUUACUCAAGCUACAUUAAUUUUAAAUCUCCAUAGCUAAUGAAAGGAACAUCUAUACGGGAGAUGUAAAUACAAAGAUUAUGUUUUGAAAUUUUUUCAGAAAAUUUUUUUUGCUUAUUUUAACUGGCUCAGACAACAGAUCAUUGGACUGUUCACAAUUUGUUCGAAUUUUUUUGUUUACACUUUUUCUAAUUUUUCUUUGUAAAUACAGAGCAAAAAAUGCUGACUGUUUUACAUUUAUUUAAAGUUUAUACAAUAUAAACUCGGUAGAGCAAAUUUUCACAUUUCAUGUAAAUACACUUUCUUUUUGUGCUGGCUUGACUACUAGACUGAUAUUUGACUAUUACCCUAGGCCUGUGAACAGGGGGAGUGGGGUGUGUGCCCCAUUGGCCAAAAAGUCUAUCUUUUUUCCAUAUGAUAUCAGCAGGUUUGCUAGGCAUGUUUUUUUUAUGAUAUAGAUAUUAUUUUGUCUAGAUUCCAGUGUUUUUGACUUUUCUUUCAGUCCUUCAUCAGGGCAGCUGAGUUUUUUUCCUAAAAUUAUAAGUAAAUGACCAUUAGGUGGCUGUUUCCCCAGUUUAACUAUUGCCCUUAUAUUGUGGCCCCUGUUUUUCAAUGUCUGUCAUGGCCCUGCUGAAGAAUUGUCAAAUCUCACCUGUAAUUCUGUAAAUUAAUAAUUGAUACUUUAUUUGUAUGUGGCCAUUUUACUAAGUAAAUUUGAACAGAAUAA